CGGGUGGCCCGAGCUCAGCGCGCGUUGUGCCAGAGCUUCCUCUUACGAUACAAACCAUCUCAGUAGACACCAAGACAUCAUCAUCUACCACAUCUACAACAUCUACACAUCUACACACCUCCACACCCACCUCUACCCGCUAUAAUUACUACCCCGACUGCGACAUCUGCCUUGUUAUAGUUGCCCCAGAUACCCCAUUGUGCCAUUUGCUCCCACUGAUUGUUUAUCCACAUCACAUCAUGUCUUCCCCCUUCGACAUAAAUGGCGGUGCCUGCGUCGCCAUGGUCGGCAAAGACUGUGUUGCCAUUGCAUGCGACCUCCGACUGGGUCUGCAAGCCCUCACCGUCUCCAACAACUUCCCCAAGAUCUUCAACUACGCCCCCUCGACCUAUCUCGGCCUAACAGGGCUCGCCACAGACGUCUCCACCGUCUCCGACGUCCUCCGUUUCAAAGUCAACAUGUACCGCUUGCGCGAAGAGCGACAUAUCUCCCCGAAGACACUGGCCAACCUGACUAGCUCAACUCUGUACGAGAAGCGCUUCGGCCCCUAUUUCGUCAGCCCCGUGCUGGCGGGCAUAGAUAAUACGACGGGCAAACCGUUCAUAUGUGGCUUUGAUAGUAUUGGCUGUAUUGAUUUUGCGCAGGACUUUAUCGUCAGUGGUACGGCGAGUGAUCAGCUGUUUGGGACUUGUGAGGGGUUGUGGGAACCGGAUCUCGGACCUGAUGACCUGUUCGAGACCAUCUCGCAAGCCCUACUUAACGCCGUUGAUCGAGACGCCCUGUCAGGUUGGGGAGCACAUGUUUAUAUCAUAGAGAAGGACAAAGUCACAAAGCGAUUGCUCAAGGGACGACAAGAUUAGAUAGUUUUCUGGUCUGCGGUUUUCGUCUUAUGGGUAGAGUGGGAAGAUCUAGGAAGACGGAAGUGGUGACCAGAGGGGUUUCAAAGCCCUGCGUGUCCUCUUUAUCUUUCUGUUUUCCUAUUUUAUUUUAUUUUUGGAGCUUUGAUAAUUUCUGAUAAAUGGCAUUCCCUUGGCACGAUGUUCUGACAGUUAUCUUUUUUUGUCGUGAAGCAAAAAGGAGAGCUAGAUCCACGGUAAUAUGAUGCUACUAGAUUAUGGGGCUUGGGAUACUAGAACGGGGAGCUUAUUAUCAAGCACACGUUAUGGGAAAAAUACCCAUCCAUGCGAGUGAGCUUCCCCGACCAGCCAGUCGCGUAAAUAUGGAAUAAAUGAACCCCCAGAAAUCUCAAUUACCACGUAAUGUACAUGUACCAUUGCAUACUGAGUAAACGUGAUCAAAGCCGUUUAACUUUUUCUAGCUCAUCCCCUCGCUAUUUUAUAGAAUUAUAUGUUGUGCAUAUAUAUAUGACGCACAAGAUCCAUCCAUCCAUCAACCCGCCCAGCCCACUUCACAUCUCCCCACAAAAAUCCGAACACAUCAAAACCAUCCAUCUCAAGCAGAUCCAACGAAGAGACAGGGAAAAAGAAAAAGAUAAAAGAAAAAUUCGCGCAUAUUCACAUCGACGCACAUAACCCCAAAACCCCAUCAAGCGCCUCAUCCCAACUCUCCAUCAACGAUCCACAAAACAGCUCCAAAGACGCCGUAUCCAUCAUCUCCUCAAUCUCUCUCUUUACCGCCCCUUCCUCUUCCCCAUCACCGUCGCCAUUUUUAACGGUGUCUUUCUCAAAACCAUAACCCCCCGUCACCCACUCCACCAAUUCCCCCAACAUCCCCGACUCGGCAAUCUGCAUCUUCAAAAAGCGCGUGUUCCGGCGGAUAGCGUCGAUGAGUUGCUUGACGAGGGUGUGGAGGUUUUCGAGGGUUUCCUUGUUUGGGAGAGCUUCUUUUGUGGUCGUAGUGGGGACCUUCGAUUUUGUCUUUGCUGUUGAUGAUGAGGGAGAUAAGUAUGUGAGGAAGAAGGUGGUGGCCUUUAGGGUCUCGAGGAGGGAUAUUGUGGUGUGGAGAUAGAGCCAGGAGGGGGCGAUGGAGGAGGUGGCGGAAGGCUGUUGUUUGCUAGGAGGGGUGAGGGGUAUGGUUGUUAGGAGGAUUGAUGUGGGUAGGGGAGUAGCGGAUAGGGCAGUCAGUUUUUUAGUUAGGAAUGAUUCGAGGGUGGCGAGGUGGGUGGUUAGGGGAGCUGGUGGGGAUGAUUGUUUGGUGUUGGUGGCGGCGGAUAGGGAUGCGAGGGCCUUUAGGAGGGUGAGGUGGAUGUUUACGUUUUCGAUUUCGGCGGGAGUUAACUCUGUCUCGAGGAGGGGAAGGUCGAAUUCUGGGUUGAGGUAGCGAGAUAGAUUGAUAUUUGGCGAGACUGGGUGUGAAGACGACGAUGCCUUUUUUGUAGAGGUGUUACUCUUUAGGUAACUAAAUAGGACGUCGGUGAUGGUCAUUGCUUUUACUGCGUGGGCCUAUGAGUUGUUUUCAACCGAACGUUAGCUUCACUAUCUGGUAAUCACGCGUUGGUGUUCAAAUGGAAAUGACCUUACCCCUGGCUUGGGCCCGAGACGGACAUGCUCUUCAAAGCUGAGUGUUCCUGGAGCUUCACAGUUCAUGAAGCCGUCGAAGUUGCGUUUGUCAACAACAGGGUCUGUGUCGGAGACUGCUUAUGAUGUGCAUUGUUAGCUUCACGGAAAUAUUCUUAGGAAAUGAACAACAGAUUUGGAAACCUACCAAUAUGGUCAUAUUGCCCUACCGGGUCGCCACCAACCAGCCGCUGAAUCCUCCGGGUUUCCAAUGCCCACAUUCUUCUACAUAUGCUAUUCUUCAG